GUACCCGUCUUCCCAGAUGCAAGAGGGCGCGUCCUUAGUUUCAGUUCAGAGCAACUGGUGGCAACAGGUUAGCAUUUAAGAUGGCGGGGACGGCGCGCCACGACCGGGAGAUGUCAAUCCAGGCCAAGAAGAAGCUCACCACAGCCACCGACCCCAUCGAGAGACUCCGCCUGCAGUGCCUGGCCAGGGGCUCUGCGGGCAUCAAAGGACUUGGCAGAGUGUUUCGAAUUAUGGAUGACAAUAACAACCGAACCCUUGAUUUCAAAGAAUUUGUGAAAGGGUUAAAUGAUUAUGCUGUGGUCAUGGAAAAGGAAGAGGCAGAAGAGCUUUUCCGGAGGUUUGAUAAAGAUGGAAGUGGAACAAUAGACUUCAACGAAUUUCUUCUCACAUUAAGACCUCCAAUGUCCAGAGCCAGAAAAGAGGUAAUUAUGCAAGCAUUUAGAAAGUUAGACAAGACUGGAGAUGGCGUGAUAACAAUCGAAGACCUUCGUGAGGUGUACAAUGCAAAACAUCACCCAAAGUACCAAAAUGGAGAUUGGACAGAAGAGCAAGUAUUCCGGAAAUUUCUGGAUAACUUUGACUCACCCUAUGACAAAGAUGGAGUGGUGACCCCCGAGGAGUUUAUGAACUACUAUGCUGGGGUGAGCGCGUCCAUCGACACCGAUGUGUAUUUCAUCGUCAUGAUGCGAACCGCCUGGAAGCUCUAAAUGUUUCGAAGGAAGACUUUUUGAACUAUUAUGCUGGUGUUAGUGCUUCUAUUGACACCGAUGCCUAUUUCAUUUUAAUGAUGAGAAAAUCCUGGAGAUUAUGACUUUUGCCUGUUAAUUCUGUUGGGAAUCAGGGAAUGGAAUGAAUUCGAAAGACGUCCAAUGCUCUAGAUGUCGAUAAGGUGUAGUCUAAAGAGCCGGAAUGUUCAAAGAAAUAGAUCUUCAGUCAUUUUACUUUAUUACCUGGAACAUGUUCAUCUCCUUAAAUGCCUGAGGAUAUAUUUUUAAAUCAGAACGCAAGGAAGGAAAAAAGGAAGAAAAGAAGAAAGGAAGGAUGAAGAAAAAAAAAACCACGAAGUAGGACUGGGAGGUGUUUCUUAGGUGAAUCAAUACACUUCUCAUUAGAGCUUUUCCUCUUAUAGGUAUAAACGUAGCUGUUUCUCUACACCUUCAUUUUAUCUGCUGUCCUUGGGGCCUGUAGCAGGAGGUGAUAAUGAAAGGAUUGGAGGAUAGGUGUAAAAUUUCCUGAGCUUACUUAUUUUAAUGUUUCUCUUGAUGAAUACA